AUGGCGGCUACUUCAUGUUUGGAUAUGUCGCCAGAGGUGUGGAAAAACUGGGAAAAACAUGGGAAAUCUGAAUUUUUAAAAUUAUUGAAAGCUUCUCUAGUGGAAUACACAGGUCCUCAAAGGGAACUAAAACCAGCUAAAUACAUUUAUGAAUUAUUGUCAUCAGGAGUGAAUGGUUUAGUUAAAAAAGAAAAUGUUAUUGCAACUAUUGGAGAAAUAUUAUCUUUUCACAUGGACGUCCCUAGUUUAAUAUUAGAUAUUUUAAAUAUAUUAGAUUUAGAAACUUUGUGCUCAAGCAUUAGGGAUGAAAGAAAUAACUUUUGUACAAUUGUUCGAGAAUGUGAAAAAGUCAUACCAGAAAAAUUGUUAAAAGAAAGAUUGGAGAUUGAUACCUUACAGGAUGUAGGAAUGUUAAAAAAUAGAAAUUUUUAUACUAAAUUUAUUAGAAUUAAAACCAAAUUAUACUAUAAGCAAAAGAAAUUUAAUUUGCUUAGAGAAGAAAGUGAAGGCUAUGCAAAAUUAAUAACACAAUUAAAUCAGGAUAUUUCAGUAAAUUUUACUGCAGAAAACCUACUGCAAGAUACUAAAUCAUUAAUUGGUUGCUUUAAUUUAGAUCCCAAUCGAGUGCUUGACAUAAUUUUAGAAGCUUUUGAACUUAGGACAGAAUUAGCUGAAAUAUUUAUGGAACUGUUAAAAUCCUACACAAAUGACUCGAAAGUUCUUUGUGAAAUUCUAGGAUUUAAAUUUUCACACUAUUAUAAAAAUAAAGAGCCAACUCCUCAAAAUUUAUAUAAAAUUACUGCACUUUUAUUGCAGUAUGAAAUUAUUCAGUUGGAUGAUAUCUAUCCCUGGUUAAUGCCCUUAGAUAGUGUGAUUGAAAAAGAAUGGGAAAAUGAAAUGAAAGAAGCAAAGGAGUAUGCUAGAAAGCAAAAUGUUAUAUCUACUAAAGAGAAAGAAAAUGAAGAAUCUGAAUGUGAAAAAGAAUCUGCUCAGGAAAAGUAUGCAAUGAUUCAAAAAUUUGGUCUUUGUGAGGCUUUAUUAACAAUUGGGGCAUGGUCCGUAUGCCAAGAACUUUGUCGUAAUCUUCCUGAACACUGCAUCAUGGAGCAACCACCCGUUGCAAAAGCCAUGUGCAACCUUCUUCAUUCACUAAUAGAACCGUUAUACUCAGCAAAUUGUUGUAUUUCAAAUAAAGUUCAAAGACGUCCUCCUCCUGUUUUGAACAGUAAACUAACGCCCAAGUCUGUUUUAACGUUUUCUGAAAUGAGAAAUGAUGUUAUUCCUAUGCUAAUCGCUCUGGGACCUUCGUUACAUUUUGAUUCAGUUCUUAUGUACAAAAUAAUUCGUCUAUGUAAAGUUAAUUUAUAUCAACUUGGCGAAGAGGGACUAAAGCAACCUUCAGGAGAAGAUUCUCUUUAUCAUGACAUUAUAGUUCUUUUGGAUUUAGUGAUUCUACCGUCUUUGUCUUACAUGGAUUGUAAUUGUAGCAUUGCAGAAGAAGUAUGGAACGUCAUAAAAAACUUUCCCUAUCAAAUCAGAUAUUGUUUGUACAGUCGGUGGAAAAACGAAACUCCAAAUGAACACGCAAAGCUUUUACGAAAGAACGGAGAAGCAUUGAAAAAUAUAAAAAAUAUAAUGAAAAGAGUAAGCAAGGAAAAUAUAAAACCAGUUGGCAGGCUCAUCGGAAAACUGACUCACGCUUCUCCUGGGGUUUUAUUUGAUUAUGUGUUAAUACAAAUUCAAAUGUAUGAAAAUUUGAUAGGACCAGUUGUUGAUUCACUCAAGUUUUUAACUAAUUUAUCGUACGACGUAUUAGGCUACUGUUUAGUAGAGACUUUAGCGAAUACUUCGUUAGACAAAGAAAGAUUUAAAUAUGAUGGAACAUCAAUAUCAAUGUGGCUUCAAAGUUUGUCUUCGUUUUGUGGUUUCGCGUUUAAGAAAUAUAAUAUAGAAUUAACUGGAUUAUUACAAUACGUUGCAAAUCAGCUGAAGGCUGAAAAAAGCUUAGAUUUAUUAAUAUUACGAGAAAUAGUUCAAAAGAUGGCUGGCAUAGAAGCAGCCGAAGAAAUGACAACUGACCAACUCAAUGCCAUGUGCGGUGGAGAACUUUUAAAAGGUGAAGCUGGUUACUUUAGUCAAGUUCGAAACACUAAAAAAUCUUCAUUAAGGCUAAAAGAAGCUUUAAAUGAACAAGAUUUGGGGGUUUCACUGUGUCUCUUAAUGGCACAACAAAGAUACUGUGUAAUAUAUAGAGAAACGGAUAAAAGCCAUUUGAAACUAGUCGGAAAACUGUAUGAUCAGUGUCAAGAUACAUUGGUUCAGUUUGGUACCUUUUUGUGUUCUACUCUCUCCGUGGAUGAAUAUGAUACUCGUUUUCCUUCAAUUCAUUCCAUGUUAUCAGAAUACCAUAUAAAUGCCGACGUCGCAUUUUUUUUAGCAAGACCUACAUUAAAUCAUGCUAUAAAUAUGAAGUACGACACUUUAAGAAAAAGUGAUGCAAAUUAUAAAAAAUUGAGUUUACAAUCAAAGCAACAAAAAUACUGUGAAGCCGUUCAAGAAAUAAUGACUCCCAUAAUAAAAUCAGUUAGAUCCCUACAUUCAAAUAAAGUUUGGGAAGAUAUCAGUCCUCAAUUUCUUGUUACCUUUUGGAGUUUGACAAUGUAUGAUCUUCAAGUUCCUGUUGAGAGUUAUCAAAAAGAAAUCAACAGAAUUAAACAAUCAUCAAUUUUGGGUAUUGAUUCUAAAGAAAUGGCUACUAGUAAAGGUAAAAAAGAACAAGAAAGAUUUAACGCUUUAAUGGAAAAACUUCAAGAUGAAAGGAAAAAACAACAAGAGCACGUUGAAAAAGUCAUGGCGAGAUUAAAACAAGAAAAAGAUUCGUGGUUUCCUACAAAAUCUUUGAGAUCACCCAAAAAUGAAUCGAUAAUGAAAUUUUUACAAUUGUGUAUUUUUCCCAGAUGUAUUUUUACCUCCUUAGACGCGUUGUACUGUUUUAAAUUUAUUUACACUAUUCAUAUGUUAAAGACGGCCAAUUUUUCAACUCUUUUGUGUUUAGACAAAUUAUUGUGUGAUCUAACAUAUACAGUUACAUUUUGCACUGAAAACGAGGCUCACCGUUACGGAAGAUUUUUAUGUUGCGUUUUAGAAUUAGUAAUGAGAUGGCAUGGUGAUGUUAAUAUAUUCGAAGCCGAAUGUUCGAAUCAUCCUGGUUUUGUAACUAAAUACAGAGCAAGCAAUCAUUUUUCGGAUGCCAGUGAUGAAGUAUCAUAUGAAAAUUAUCGUCACGUGUGUCACAAAUGGCAUUAUAAAAUAACCAAAGCGAUACUUGUUUGUUUAGAAUCAAAAGAUUAUACACAAAUUCGUAAUUCAUUAAUAGUUCUUAUUAAAAUAUUACCACAUUUUCCAAUGUUAGCAAAAUUAGCUCAAAUAAUUGAGAAAGCGAUUGAAAAAGUACAACAAGAAGAAAAAAAUCAAAGGCAAGAUUUAUAUAUUUUAGCAAUGAGUUAUGGCGGUCAUUUAAAAGCAAAAGCUCCUAAUAUGGUCAAAGAUAGCGAUUUUCAUCAGGUCGUCAGUAAAGUGUCGAAUAAACAAGGAAAAGAAAAAUUAAGUAAAGAAAAUUCAAUAGAAAAAGUUGAAAAAAGUGAAAAAAGGGAAAAAUUAAGUAAUAAAUCGGAAAAUAAAGAAAAUAAUAAAUCGAGAACUGGACGAAAAGAAUUAAGUGAAACUAAAAAAGAAACCACACCUCCUUACAAUAAUAAUAAUAAAGAAAAGACAGAAAGGGAAGAAUUAAAAGAAGAAAUGAGGUUGCAAAAAGAGGAAAAAUCACGAAACAAGGAUCGAAAAGAGGAUAAACAUUCAAAAGACGAAAGAACUUAUAGGGACGAUAGAUACGUUGAAUCAAUACCGUUAAGUAAAGAUGAACAAAGACACAUGACUGGUUAUUAUAGUGGUGCUGGGCAUUAUAUGGAUGAAACAAGAGAUAUUAGCAGUUUAUCGAAUAGCAGUUCGGGGUCACAUAAGCACGGUGGAGAGAACGUAGAACCUGAACGUGAUGUGAAACGUAGGAAAAUGGAUGGAAGUUCAUCCUCCAAGGUUAGUAUUCCAGUAUCGUAA